ACGGAUGUGAAGUGGCGCACCAACGGACCAUAAAUUUGCUAUUUCCAAGGCGAUCGAUCUGGAUAUUUUGAACAGAAGAAAGAAGGAAAAGAGCAGAAGACCGAAGAAGAAGAGAACCGCGACGUCGUAUAGGGCAUCGAUUGCUAGAGCUUCAGGGUACCGAAAAGGAUGACACCUGUUUUCCCUUUCGUCAAAGCUGCUCGUCCCGAUGAGAAUGCUACGAAAAAGCUGGGAGAAAAUACAAAUAAACAUCAGCCUGAGAGUGAGAGCAAGACAAAGAAGGAUUCCAGUCACUCUGCCACUGCUUCUCCAAAGUGCCCCUUUGGAUAUGAUUCUCAAACGAAUGAAAGCAAGGCAAAGAAUGAUUCCAGUGAUGCUGCCAAUGCUUCUCCAAAGUGCCCCUUUGGAUAUGAUUCUCAAACGAAUGAAAGCAAGGCAAAGAAGGAUUCCAUUGACUCUGCCACUGUUUCUCCAAAGUGCCCAUUUGGAUAUGAUUCCCAAACGUUUAAGCUAGGCCCCCUCAGCUGUAUGAUUUGCCAAGCACUUCUUUUUGAAAGUAGCAAGUGUGUGCCUUGUUCACAUGUUUAUUGCAAAGCAUGUAUAUCACGCUUUAAGGACUGUCCACUGUGUGGAGCUGAUAUCGAGAAAAUAGAAGCGGAUUCAACUCUUCAGGGUAUGGUUGACCGAUUCAUUGAAGGUCAUGCCAGGAUCAAAAGGUCUCAUGCUGAUACAGACAAAGAAGAAGUAGUUGGUGAGAAAAAACCAGUCAUAUAUGAAGACGUGUCUUUGGAGAGAGGGGCUUUCUUGGUGCAACAAGCCAUGAGGGCAUUUCGGGCCCAGAAUGUAGAAAGUGCCAAAUCAAGACUCAGUCUGUGUGCAGACGACAUCCGAGAACAGUUAGAAAGAAUGGGCAACACACCAGAGCUCUGUUCACAGCUUGGAGCAGUUCUGGGUAUGCUUGGUGACUGCUGUCGAGCACUGGGAGAUGCUGGUUCUGCAGUGGCUUAUUUUGAAGAGAGUGUUGAAUUUCUUUCAAAAUUGCCAACGGAUGAUCAAGAGAUUACGCAUACACUUUCUGUUUCACUUAAUAAAAUUGGAGAUCUGAAAUAUUAUGAUGGAAACCUACAAGCUGCACGGUCUUACUAUUACCGGUCUUUAAAUGUUCGUCGCGAUGCCAUCAAGCAUCAUUCAGACGUUCCAUCCCAGAUUCUAGAUGUUGCUGUUUCUCUCGCAAAAGUUGCGGAUGUGGAUAGGAGUCUAGGGAAUGAGGAGGUGGCGGUUAAUGGAUUUCAAGAAGCCAUAACAUUAUUGGAAACUUUGAAAUUGAAAUCUGAAGAUGCUGGUCUUGAGCAACGGCGCCUUUCAGUGCUUGAGUUCCUUAAAAAGCAACUUGCAGAGAAACAACUUGAGACAACUCUCUGAGGCCGGGUGUCCCCUCAAAAAGAACCAGGAGAAAAGCCUAUACAGGUAUGUUUGGACUAAAUAAGCUCGGUUUGGUAGAGCGUAAAGUGGAAGGUGAUGCUGCCUCCUUUACCAGAUAUUACUCUUUCCAGUUAGUGUUAUAAUCUGCAUUGCAAACGCCUGUGCUCUGAGUAAAGUGGUUUGUUUCUUCAUCCAUUCCUUAUUGCCACUGAAGUUGUUCCUGCUGGUCUUUGCUCCCUCAUCUCCGGAUCCUCGAUGACUCGGCAAAUGACAAUUUACAUCCUUUUCAUUUCUUUGGUGCAUGGGGAUCUUUCCUAUGAGGCUGUAAGUGGGCGAGUUGUAAGCUUUUGUAUUCAGUUCGUUCUAAUAAACUCAAACUAGAUGUAUAUAAUGACUUUUUUCAUAUUUGGAAGUGCUUUACCAUAUGGAAACCACAUCUUAUGAGUAUCAGACGUCAAAAUAA